AUGCUGCGACAAAUGAUGAACUCCCGGCUCUUUGCCGCCCGACCCGCGUUUGUGCGACCCUUCUCCACUACUCAGAUUGCGCGAAAUGCCUCGUGGAGACGUCCAAACGAGCUGAACGACUACGAGAAGCAAAUCAGCCAGAUGCUGACCGACGAGUUCAAACCCGUGAGUCUGGAUGUGCGGGACAUUUCCGGCGGCUGCGGCUCCAUGUUUGCCAUCCAGAUUGUGUCCGACAAGUUCAAGGGCAUCCCCAUGGUCAAGCAACAUCGUCUGGUAAACGCUCUGCUUGCUGACGAGAUCAAGCAGUGGCACGGUCUGCAGCUCGUCACCAAGGCUGCUUAG